AUGCAUUACAAAAACAAUCUCCUCGCCGCUGCGGCUCUGGUCCCCGCCAUCCAGCUCUCUGCUGCCGAGACUAUUCUCGGUGCUUACGUCUUCCACCGUCACGGCGACCGCACAUCCAAAAGCACCCCGCCCGCCUCCCUUACAGACCUGGGAUACCACGAAAUUCUCGCUGCAGGCAGCAAAUUCCACGACCGCUACAUUGCCGAUGGUUCAGCUACUCAAAUACUAGGCAUCCAGAGCGAGACUGUCAAAUUGUCUCAAUUGGCCGUCAGCGCACCUUUGGACAAUGUCCUCCAGAACUCCGCCGCCGCCUGGCUCCAGGGCCUCUACCCACCUGUCGGAGGCGCAUCAAACCAGACCCUUCGCAACGGCACUGUUGUCGAAGCCCCCUUUAACGGAUACCAGCUUAUUCCAAUCAGUAUCACUAACUCCGGCGGCGGAAGUGAAGAUAACCCGUGGCUCCAGAGCUCUUCAUCCUGUAACAAUGCCCUGAUCAGCAGUAACGAAUUCUUCAGCUCGGAUAUUUACAUGUCGUAUCUCAACUCCACCAUGGAUCUGUACAAGAGCGUGGCUCCUGCUGUGAAUGCCACCUUCACCGAGUCCCAGCUCAGCUUCAAGAAUGCAUACGUUAUCUGGGAUUUGCUCAAUGUUGCCUUAAUCCACAACUCAACUACAGACUACCCUGCGCUGAGCGGUGUGAGUAACGAGACUAUGCAUGAACUUCUCGUUCUCGCUAAUAUUCAUGAAUACAAUCUCGCCUACAACGCUUCUAGCACCGCACGUGCCAUUGCCGGUGCUGAGCUCGCCAGCGAGGUGCUGCUCGCUCUCAAUAACACCAUCACCUCCAGGGCCAAGGCUCGCCUCAACGUCCAAUUCGGGGCAUAUGCUACUUUCCAGUCUUACUUUGGCCUCGCAAACCUCCCCGCUGCCGACCCUAUCUUCUACGGCAUCCCCGAUUAUGCAUCCAGUAUGGUCUGGGAGCUCGUCACCAACGCCACUGUGACAAACGGCGUCUUCCCAUCGACCUCCGAGAUUAGCGUGCGCUUCUUGUUCAACAAUGGCACUUCAGCAACUACCACUGACCUAACUGCAUACCCGCUUUUCGGUGGCUCAGAGGUCGAACUCCCCUGGUCCGACUUUGUGACUGAGACACAGAAAUUCGCAAUCUUAAACCAGGAUCAGUGGUGCCAGGUUUGCGGUAAUACCACUGGUGUGUGCGCGGCCAGCACUGCUUCGGCUUCGUCUUCAUCUCCCUCUGCGUCGUCAGGCUCGAGCAGUGAAUCCGGCAUUUCGAAUGUUGUUGCAGGUGUGAUUGGUGCCAUGGUUACGCUUGGAGUUAUUCUUGGUCUGGAGGUUCUUGCUAUGUUGCUAGGUGGAAUGAGAUUGGUCAAGAAGAAGUCGUUGGCUGCUUCGGCGGAUGCUGAGACUGAGAGCGCUACUGUUGAAAAAUAA